ACCAGCUCGUACAAGGUACGCGUCGUAAGUUCUGCGUGUUUAACUUUGCAAAGUUUCGCGCCAAAGUGACGUUCCUGUAUGAGGUAUUGAGAACGCGUUAAAAAUUUGUGCAUCGAGCCAAACAAUUUUUGUGGUGUUAAUUGUUACCCCCUUUUGGGUUGUUGGCAAAUAAAAACAAAUAUGGAUUCGUGGGGCAUUUUAAAUGUGGAUACUGCAGCGGCUGCUAUAUCCCGAGAUGAUAUGCAUAGCAGUUUUAGAAGGAAAGAAAUUAUGACUAUAGAAAAACUACCGGAUAAGGUAUUGCUCAAUAUAUUUUCAUAUUUAUCUCAUCGAGAAAUAUGUCGUAUGGCAACAGUAUGCAAGCGAUGGCGUAUGGUAGCAUACGAUACAAAAUUGUGGACUCACGUCAGCCUGAGACCUGAAAUAUCAGGAUUACAUGUGGGUUCGCUGGAAUCCCUAUUAGCUUUGAUAUCUAUAAGGUUCGGUCCAUCACUUCGGUAUAUUGAGCUACCUAUAGAACUUAUUACACACACAGUUCUACACGAGCUUGCAGCAAAAUGCCCGAAUUUGACGCACAUGCUGCUCGAUUUUAGUACAGCGAUGCAACUUCACGACUUCUCCGAAAUGCAAGCUUUUCCAACAAAACUGCGUUAUCUUUGCAUCUGCUUGUCGGAAGUCAUCUUUAUGGAAGGCUUUAUGAGGAAAAUUUACAACUUUAUUAAUGGAUUAGAAAUCUUACAUCUUAUUGGUACAUAUGAGAAGGUAGAAGAAGAGGAGGAAGAAAUAUAUGAAGUAAUCAAUGUACAUAAACUGAAAUCCGCCACGCCUAAUCUGCGUGUGAUUAAUUUGUACGGUAUCAACUUUGUGGAUGACUCGCAUAUCGACGCUUUCAGUUCUAAUUGUAUUCAACUGGAAUGUCUCGCUGUAAAUUACUGCAACAAAGUAACAGGCUCAACUAUGAAGACACUAUUCCAACGGUCUAGAAGACUCACAUGCUUGCUCAUGAACGGAUGUAGUCUACAUUCAGAGCACGUUAUGCAGGUUGAAUGGGAGAAGUCAUCUAUCCAGGAAUUAGACGUGACAGCGACGGACUUGUCAACGGAGUGCCUCAUCGAUAUGCUCACGAGGAUCCCCAAUUUGAGGUUUUUGAGCGCUGGUCAGAUUAACGGUUUCAACGACACCGUAUUGAAAGCUUGGCAAGAAGCCGGUACCGCGAGGAACCUGGUGGCGCUGGACGUGGACGCGUCGGACAACCUGUCGGACGAGGCGCUGCACCGCUUCCUGUCGCGGCACGGCGGCCAGCUGUGGGGGCUCGUCAUGAGCGGCAUGCCGCACAUCACCGACCAGCUGUGGCAGAGCGUGCUGCAGCUGCUCACCAACGCCAAAAUACUCAUAAUGGGAACGCAGGAGCGACUCGGGGUUAACAUUCACGUUGAUCAGUUAAUGGACGGUAUUGCAAACAGCUGCCCUAACUUAGAACGUCUCGAGCUGAGAUGGGAUCCAGAGAACCUCAGAUUCAGUGACAAGAGUCAAAAAGCGAUUGACAUUCUUCGUGUAAAAUGUCUGAAGCUAAAAUGCCUUGUUCUGAGUGAUGGUCGUUAUUAUGAAAUCGUGAAGGCGAACUUCGAGCGCGCAGACCGGACCACUGUCGUCAGGACGUCGACCAAUUGCAGAGUUUCAAACUAUUACUUACUGUCCAAUUAUAAGGAACUUGUGUUUAAUUAGCGGAUGCAGCCUCGUAAAUAGAAUGUUUUUAAAUUUAUACGCGGUAUUAUUUAUUGUAAAAAUAUUUAGCGCCAAAUUUUUUGAGAUUGUUGAAAGUUUAAUAUUUUUGUAUAUUCCAAUGUGUUAAAUUUCGAACGUUGUUGCUCGUAUGGAAAGUGGACAGAUUAACUAUUAAGUUGUAUUAGCGUUGCCAACCAAUCUGGUCCAGUAUGAUUUUUAUGAUUUUAUUUUUUCUGAAUAGCUUUUAAUUGUGUCCUUAUAAUUAUCAUGAACUUGUUUCUGAACUCCCAUCCAACUUCUUAGUCACCAAUGUUGCACUAUAAUUAAUAAGCGAUCUUUUAAAUUUUUAUUUAUUGUAAGACAGCAAACUGGCGAGAUAACGGUCUAUGGUAUUCUCUACCCAUAGACACUAUUAAAAGUAUAAACCAUUCCAUAACUUGGUAAUGUGCUAAUAACCGUCAAAGUAAUCAUAAUCCUUGUGUCUAUCGAUAAACAUGUUUGAAAGUAGGGGAAAGCUCUUUUACUGGUAUGGUUGGCAGAAACAUUUCAUAUUUUUGAACGAACAAUGUUUUUAAUUUUAUUUAACAUAAACAAUUUGUGACGUAGAAAAAUAAUAUUAACUCAGAAUUAAAAUUACGUCGAAUGAAUAAUAAGUACAUUACUUACAUUGAUUAAUUAUGUAACAAGAUUAAUUGGAACUUGAUAAAGCAUUGCUAAGAAAGGUUAUACGAGUAAAUAAAUAAAUUAAAUUCAACACAAUGUAUACUUUCAUUAGAUAUGCAAAUUAAUAUUGAUUUACAUUAUAUAGCGUAUAUUUUUCCACCAGUAAAGCGGGAGAGGAUAGCGUGCAAGUGAGACGGCACUACAUUGUUGCUAUUUAUAAAUGACGCGCGCUAUAUACUGUCUCAGUGACCACAAAACAAAUGCAACCAGAAUUUGUUUAAUUAUUCUCAUUAGGACUAUUAUUAAUCGUGUUCUGUUAUUAGAUAAACUGUUUCUUUUUUGGUUUCGUCCAUACAGUACAGUUUGUACUGAGUUAGUGAUUACUCACGAAGUAUAAUUACAUCGUAAUUUCAUUCCUUUUGUGUUCUGGUAAAGAUAAUAAAUGGUUGAAUUGAUAAUCGGUUUUACACAUUUCCCGAAACAUUGUACGCGACAUUCAAGUAUGAGACCGGAAAGGGCUCUCGAAUUAGCAGGCAUAGACAAACUGCAUUCGCUAUGGUUUCCAUCUUUCCUGCCCUUAGUCAUAAUUGAAUUCGUAGUCAAAUAAUAAGUUAAAUUCGUUUAUCAAAGAGCUUCCGUAAUCGACUAAAAUUUUGGACAGUAAACUACUAAAAACAUUUGCGAAGUAAAACUUAGUAUUUGCCAAAAAAUGGCGACGUUAUUUCCCAAUCGUCAACCGUUGAUCAUGUGAUUCUGUCACGUCACUUGCCAUUAAAUUUUUAAUUUUUUACUUUGCUAUAAACUAAUACGUUAAACUCAAUGUAAUUUCGUCCAUGUGAUUUAGCAACGAGAUUUGUAAUUACAAGUAUUGAAUUAAUUGAUGUGUAAUUAUGAAUUCAAUAUUCAAUGCCAUUAUGUAUUACGUUGAAUAAUAUCAAUACAGGUAAUGCAAUAAGUCGUAUGUAGAAAUUGUGUACUUAACAGAAACAUUACAAUUAUUAUUACCUGGAUAAGAUAUUCUUGACAACGCUGCUUUUGUCGUAACUCACGACGUGAUUGUUUAAGAGUAUUGAUUACAUACAGCAAUAAUAAAAUAAAUAGAGAUAUAUAAACAUCUAGUUUUAAAUUAGAAUUUAAUUACUUUUACGAUCUACAGUGCUAUACUGUAAGAACUCACUUCGUAUUUGCCUCGUAAAGUUUUGAAAACCGUCUCAAAUUCGAGGUCUAUACGCUAUAUUCAUCCGAAUAGAUCUAUAUUCGCUCACGAAGGCGCGCCAAUACACGUUAAUAAAAUAAACUUAAGUAAUAUAAUAAAUUUUUUUGCUGUCUCUACUCAUUGUCGUCUCACGCACACAUAGAUAUCUUGUAAGCACGAACGUCACUCAAUUAACGCACGCCGGUAGUGAUUAAACGUGGAGGGGAGCGACUUCGUGAUUAAAUAGGUUUUUAUCACCGGAAUUGUGACGUCAAUAGUAUCAGAAACUCGUCCAAUAUCUAGUUAAUAAUAUAUUAGUUUUAAAAACUGUUGCUUACAACAUUGUGUAGAUUUGAAAGAAGUACUAGAUAUUCCUUUUUUAUUACGAGCACGGACAUCACGUGGUAGUUACAUUUCAGUUAAAAUAUGAAUUACCCAAAUAGGUAAUAGUUAGAACACGCCUUUUAUUAUAUCUCUUAUUGUUAAAGUAAUAAAGAUCGCGAUUGUGUUGAAUGAAAAACCCUUAAGAGUUGUUCAAAUUGUGAAUCUACUGCCAUUUUAUGUUUUUAAUUUAAAAUAAAUAUUUAAAUACA